ACUAAACAGUAGUAAAAGUUCUUCACAAAGUCGAAGUGCCGGGGAGGGAUCUAUCAGCAAAAUUUCAUAAUUUAUAAUGAGUAAAAAACACAAGCUCACUUCAGAAAGUAAACCUUGUAUCCAAGAAGCUGGUGGAGGAAUACAUCUGGAGGAUCUUCAUGAACAUGAUCAACAAAGUUUGGUAAAAUCUGGGACCCCAAUAAAUAACAAAGAUCCCUCCCCCAACCCUGGCUCGAGUUCCUGUUUAUCUGUUGGUGAUGGCGUAACUAUUCAGAACGAAGGCCAGCAGCAGGAGGAGCCUGGAAGUCCGGAGAAUAAUAUGGAAUUAUAUGAAAUAAUCAAACAUGUUAUGCAAAAUAAGUAUCCUAAUUUUUUUAAUGAAAUAAAUGUGAAUAAUGAUGAUGAAAAAAAAGAGAAAAUCGACAGUUUCAUAGAAGAAAUAUCUAAUUUAAUAAAUCCUGACAAAUUAAAAUAUUCCGACAAAUCAAACAUCUUUAAACGCGUGAUGGAUGACUGGAAAAAAUUACAGGAAGCAGAAAACCCCAUUUGUACGUUUUUGUGUCGAUGUUUAAAAAGGAUUCCCAAAUUAAAGACAUCUAUAAUAAUAUUGCUAGUACGGAACUUGAUUUGGCCUCAAGGAGCAAUAAAUAGUAAAAUUCCAAUUUGUCUUGAUAAAUUUAGGAACCCAUUGUUUAACCACUAUUUAAACACUGGAGAAAAAAAUAAAAUAAAUCAGUAUGGAUUUUAUUUGAUCUUGAUGAAAGAUGGUACCCAAAUUCCUUCUAAAAAAUUUCCCCAAGAUUCAAAAAACAACACCCAUACUGAAGAAUUUAUAAUUCCAGAAUUGGUUGAAUUUGUAUCAAAACAUGGAAACAAGGUAAAAAAAAAUUUUAUAUAUUCAUAUAAUAGCCCGUGUUUAAAAAGGACUGACAAAAAAAACCCUUGUAUGUUUCAGCUUUUGCGCAAAGCUUGUGAAUGGUACGAGGAGUAUCAAAUCUUCACUGAUGUGGCAUUCACACAUUCCUAUGGCAUAUGUGGUCCAAACUAUUUUAAUUAUCUUACAUUUGACGAAAUCUCAUCUCCCAACAGUGGUUUUAAUUCUUAUAUUGAAAAAUGUAAAAACACUAAAAGUGAAUUGGAAAAUCAAAACGUACCAAAACUUAUCAAAAGGAAGCUCCUCAAGGCAUUGGAUAAAGAGAAAAUUGAUAUAAAGACACUUAAAAAUGAUGAUAUUCGAACCGCAUCCAAUUUUCUAAAGGAGGCAGAAAGUUCAUUUGAUCUGCUUAAAAAGUUCUUGGUCAGUGGACGGGAAACUCAUUACGUUUCCUUCAAAUCGCCACCAAAAGUACAGGCAGAAAUCUAUAAAAUACUGAAGGAGAACAACACUUUUAUGCGAUCAAUGAAAAAGUGCAUUAGAGAAGAUUUAAAUAAUGCGAUCUCUCUUGUUUUUAGAAAGAAAUUGGAGUCAAUUCUAGGAAGCAGAGGCUUCUUCCGCCUUCACCACAUUCCUCACAGUUUUCUCUGUUAAUUGAAUAACCAAUACAACAAAUGCAUUUACAGAAUACUCACUGCUAUUUGGAUGUAUUUGGAGGAAUAAUUAGCAUGUUAUGUAAUUUCACAGCUAUCCAGUUGUUUUACUGUCAUCCUUCUAUCUCCUUGUAUUCAGUCCCCCUUUGCUUUAUUAAAACUUUCCUGUAAAACAACCAC